GCUGAAAAAACUUGGGAUAUUGGCAACUCGGUGCAGGACGCGUUUGUUAUUGCCGUGGAGGAGCACGCGAGGGAGCGUUUACAGCGAUUGGCGGCCCUCAAUCGCGUUACGCCCGUGGAUAUAACGCAGCUGUCGAAAAAGUUGCAGCAAACGAAAAGCGGCAACACAACGAGCCAGAAACAGGAUCUGAGUUUCCUCAGCGACUCGACGCCCAUCUAUGUGACAUCGUUCAGCAGCAACCAGAUCACCUGCAGCAGUGCCACGAUGACAACAGCCACAGCGGGUGGCCCGAUAAGUGCUCCCACAUUGGCGCCAACAACAGCAACAGCUGCUGCCGCAGCGGCAGCAGCCACAGCGCCCUCAGCGGCACUCGUGAGUGCAGCGGUUGCAGCGGCAACAGCAGCAGCGGCAGCGAGUGGCGAUCGGAAUGCGAAUAGCUCGACAACGGCGGCGAUUGUUAGUGCGACGGCAGCAGCAGCGGCAGCAGCACUCAAGCAACCACCAGCCACAGCAGCAGCAGCGGCUGCUGGCAGUGGCAGCGGCGGUGGCAGCGGCGGUGGGAGUGGCGGUGGCAGCGGCACGAGCAGCGCGACGGGACACAUCUAUCAGACGAGCCAGGCGCAGCAGCAGCAGCUGCAACAGUUGCAACAACAGCUGGCAGCAGCUGCUGCUGCCGGCAAGCCGCUGCAAGCGAAAUCAUUGCUCGCCAGCAGCUUGCAACAUCUGGCCGAGGAGGUCGACGACGAGGAGAUGGACGACGACGAUGAUGUGGAUGGUGCCAACUAUUGUGGCAUCACCUACAUCAGUUACAACAACAAGCACGCCCAGUUGCCGACAACGACAUUGCCGGCAACCACAACAUUGCCAGCGGCAGCAGCAACACUUGCCACCACAGCGGCGAUACAUCAGCAACGUCAGCAAACAGCGGCAGCCGCAACGGCAACGGCGACAACAACAGCGCACUUUGUGGACGCACAAACAUCGACAUCGCCAACGGUUGCUGCUGCCGCUGGUGCUGCUGCUGGUGGGACAACGAAAGGUGGCGUGAGCAUUGUGACAGCAGCGGACAUCUCAUUGCCGCCUCAUGUGCAUGGAACGACGACGCCGAAAACCGAAUAUUCAACGGCCAUAUCCAGCGGGCAAUUGCAGCAGGCGUUCGCUGAGUUGCAGCUGCAGCAACAGCAACAUCAACACGGCAGCAGCAACCUGAACAACAACAAUGGACAGCAGCAGCAGCAUUUACUUUUAAGCAACAACAAUAAUAGCAAUAAUUGCAUCACAUCAGGCAACAUCAGCAACAUUAGCAACAUUGGCACGUCCGCUUUGAAAAAUUGUGAUUUAUUAAUAUCAAAUAAUUUGUAUCCACCGAGACGAGAGUUACUAACGCAUAACGAUGAUAUCAUCAUACAUCAGUCCAACGAUGACCUUGGCCCCCUAUUUAAUACAACAGCAACAUCAGCAGCAGCAGCAGCAGCAAUAGCAGCAGCAGCCAACAAUAGCAAUCUACAGCAGCAGCAACAUUUGCUGAGUGGCGCCGCCAUCUUUGAGCUGCAGCAACAACAAUUGCAACUGCAACAGCAGCAACAGUUGCAGCUGCAACAGCAACACAGUCCCACAAGUAGCAUAUCAAAAGGCAGAACUGAACUUUUACUCGGCGAUCAAUCGCUGCGACAAGAAUCAAGGCCACGCCGUCGCUCCGGCUCAAGCAUUGUGGUCAUUGAUGGUGAUGAUCUGAAGCCAUGUCUGCCGGAUGAUUACAUCAGCGGUCAGCAUCAUCACCUCCAUCAUCAGCAGCAGCAGCAACUGUCACAGGCACAGCAACAGCAGCAGCAACAGGCACUGCAACAACAACAUCAGCAGCAGCAGCAGCAACAGUCGCAGCAUUAUCGCACGCACUCAAGUGAUAUUAGGGAGAUUGAUCAGGAAAUGCUGACGAUGCUGUCGGUGAAUCAAGAUAACGGUCCACAUCGCGAGAUGGCCGUCGACUGUCCAGACACGUUUAUCGCUCGCAAUAAGACGCCACCCAGAUAUCCGCCGCCCCGUCCACCCCAGAAACACCAUAAAACCAAGCACACCACCAACACCACCACCUCCAACAACACCACCAAGAACACCACUAAAACUAACAAUGAUCAUGCUAACAAAUUGUUAAUUGUUGCAUAUCAUUCUUCACAUCAACAUGAACAACAACAACAUCAACAUCAACAACAACAACAUUCAUCAAAAACAACAACAACCACCACCACAACAACAACAACAACUACAAUCAACAACAUUGUUGCACUCGAUGUCGCCACACAAAAUAUGUACAAUCAAAAACAACAAUUCAAAUUGGAACAAAUCGAAAACUAUGAAAAUCAACUGCAAACCGAACAACAACAACCACAACCAACAACACAACAGCAGCAACAGUUGCUGGUGUCGGCAACAGCAGCACAAACGGCGCAACAGCAAACGCCAAGCAACAAGUUGCAAGCAACAGCAACUUUUGGCAAUGGCAACAGCAACAGCAACACCAACAGUAACAGCAGCAACAACAACCACAACAGCAAUGGCAAUGGCAACGGCAGCAACAUGUCCGAUGAGCUGCUGUGUGUUGUCGAUGGCAUCUAUCAACGCAGCAGCAAAGGCAGCAGCUCGCCAGCGUCGAGUGGUUUCGACGAUGCGCUGAGCACGAUUGCCUAUCGCCACUUGCAACAUCAACACCAACAGCAAAAUCAAUCGGUGAGCAACAACAACAGCAACAACAGCAGCACAGCGGCAACCGGCAGCAAGCAGACGACCAGCAGUAAUAAUGGCAGCAGCAAUAGCAACAGCAACAGUUUGAACAGCAGCAACAGCUCAAUGCACACCAGCAGCCACAGCAGCAGUCACGUUGCCAGCGCCAGCAGCAGCAGCAGCAAUAGUUCAACGGUGCCCGAUGAUCUUAGUCUGGCGCCACCUGGCUACGAGCAGCAGCAACCACAACAGCAACAACAACAGCAGCAGCAGCAACUGUUGCUGUCGCCCACAGCAACAACUGGGAAGCAGCAACAGUUGCUGCUGGGCAAGCAUCGCGAGUUGCCCGUCGAUGUGCCAGACAGUUUCAUUGAGAUGGUGAAGACGCCGCCGCGUUAUCCGCCACCCCCGCAUCUCUCCUCGCGCGCCUCGCUGCUCUCCAAUGCCAGCUCGUCGACGGCCCACACAACGCUCUCCUCGCUGGCUCUCUCCACGCACUCCACGACGCCAGCAACCACAGUUGCUGCUACUGCUGCACCGGCAACGGUUGCUGCAAGCGAUGGCAAACGCAUUGCUGAUGAGCUGAAUGGCAACUCAAAGCCUGUGCCACCGCCUCGUGAUCAUCUGCGCAUUGAGAAGGACGGACGUCUCAUCAAUUGCGCCCCCGCGCCUCAGUUGCCCGAUCGUCGUGCCCCAACGGGUGGCAACGGACAACUGCAGCAACAGCAACAACAGCAACCACAACAUCCACUGCAACAGCAGCAACAAAUUGCGCAAAUUGUGGAACCCACAUUGGAGCAGCUGGACAGCAUUAAGAAAUAUCAGGAGCAACUGCGUCGUCGACGCGAGGAGGAGGAACGCAUCGCUCAGCAGAAUGAGUUUCUGCGCAACAGUUUGCGUGGCUCGCGCAAGCUCAAGGCUUUGCAGGACACUGCCACGGCCACGCCCACUGCGGGCAAAGCAUUGGCCCAGCAACAAACGAACAGCGCUACAGCAGCAACAAUCGCCAUUGGAGUUGAGAACGAGGCAUAUCUGCCCGACGAAGACCUGACGCCAGCGGAGCACAUCGAUGGCUACGGCGAGCUCAUUGCGGCGCUGACCCGACUGCAGGGCCAGCUGGCCAAGAGCGGACUAAGCACGCUGGCGGGUCGCGUCUCUGCGGCGCACAGCGUCCUGGCCAGCGCCAGUGUGGCGCACGUUCUGGCCGCCCGUAGUGCGGUGCUGCAGCGACGCAGACCGCGCAUCGCAGGACCGUUGCAUGUGAGCGCGUUGGGUUUGCAAAAGGAGAUUGUGGAGCUGCUGACGCAAUCGAAUACGGCGGCCGCCAUUGAACUGGGCAAUCUGCUGACCAGCCAUGAGAUGGAGGGUCUGCUGUUGGCCCACGAUCGCAUUGCCAGUCACACGGAUGCAUCGCCGUCGCCCACAUCAUCGUCCCAUGCGGGCGUGACGCCAACGCCGUCGCAAACACCGACAGCGAUGGCGGGUCUAAGCGGUCACAGCAGUCCGGUGGCGGGCACAAAGUCCUCGGCGAACAGCGGCCGCAGCAUGGUUGCGGUCUUGCCGCCCGUGGUGCCGCCACAGUCGGUGGCACAGCGCGGUGCCAUGCCCCUGCCAGUGGCAGCUGUGGCUGUGGCACGCGGUGAGUCGCCACCGGGCAUGAGCGGUUGCUUUGGCACGCUGAACGAUCAGAACGACAACAUACGCAUCAUACAGAUUGAGAAGUCCACCGAACCCUUGGGCGCCACGGUGCGCAACGAGGGCGAGGCUGUGGUCAUCGGUCGCAUUGUGCGCGGCGGUGCCGCCGAGAAGUCUGGUCUGUUGCACGAGGGCGACGAGAUCCUCGAGGUCAACGGCCAGGAGUUGCGCGGCAAAACGGUGAACGAAGUGUGUGCACUGCUCGGAGCCAUGCAGGGCACUCUCACGUUUCUCAUUGUGCCAGCGGGCAGCGGUCCACCGCCCGGCGGCGGCCUAGGCGGUGGUUUAGGCGGCCUCGGCGGUGGUCUGGGCGGCCUAGGGGGCAUGCAUCAUGUGGGCGGCGGUGGCAUGGCGCAUCGGGAUACGGCCGUGCUGCAUGUGCGAGCGCAUUUCGAUUACGAUCCGGAGGAUGAUCUGUAUAUACCGUGUCGGGAGCUGGGAAUCAGUUUCCAGAAGGGCGAUGUGCUGCAUGUGAUUUCCCGCGAGGAUCCCAACUGGUGGCAGGCGUAUCGCGAGGGCGAAGAGGACCAAACGCUGGCCGGCCUCAUACCUAGUCAGUCAUUUCAGCAUCAGCGCGAGACCAUGAAGCUGGCCAUUGCCGAGGAGGCGGGCCUGGCGCGUUCGCGCGGCAAAGACGGCACUGCCAGCAAGGGGGCAACGUUGCUCUGUGCGCGCAAGGGGCGCAAGAAGAAGAAGAAGGCCAGCUCCGAGGCGGGCUAUCCUCUGUAUGCGACGACCGCACCGGAUGAAACAGAUCCCGAGGAGAUUCUCACGUACGAGGAGGUGGCGCUCUACUAUCCACGUGCCACACACAAACGUCCAAUCGUACUCAUCGGCCCGCCCAACAUCGGACGUCACGAGCUGCGCCAACGUCUCAUGGCCGACUCCGAACGCUUCUCGGCGGCAGUGCCACACACGUCGCGCGCAAGGCGCGAGGGUGAAGUGCCCGGUGUGGAUUAUCAUUUCAUCACGCGGCAGGCGUUCGAAGCGGACAUCUUGGCGCGUCGCUUUGUCGAGCACGGCGAAUACGAGAAAGCCUACUACGGCACAUCACUGGAGGCCAUACGCACGGUUGUUGCCAGUGGCAAGAUCUGUGUACUGAAUCUGCAUCCGCAAAGCUUAAAACUGCUGCGCGCCUCCGACCUCAAGCCCUACGUGGUGCUUGUGGCGCCGCCCAGCCUCGAUAAGCUGCGGCAGAAGAAGGUGCGCAAUGGCGAGCCUUUCAAGGAAGAGGAGCUGAAGGACAUCAUUGCGACGGCACGCGACAUGGAGGCGCGUUGGGGACAUCUGUUUGACAUGAUCAUCAUCAAUAACGACACGGAGCGGGCGUAUCAUCAGCUGCUCGCCGAAAUCAAUUCGCUGGAACGCGAGCCGCAAUGGGUGCCCGCCCAAUGGGUGCACAACAAUCGCGACGAGUCAUAAUGGGGUGCUGCGUGCACUCCCAGGUCACAGCAAACCAAACCACACCACAGCACAGCCAGAGACGAAUUACAGCCACAACUACAAUUACAAGUGCAACUCCCCGUUUAGGAAAUCUUUCUCACUUCGGUUCGGUCAUCCAUUGUAAAUACGACGUGUCCACGACUCAGCCAUGAUGUGGAUGUGGAUGUGGAACUGGAAUUCGAACUGGAACCGAAACUGAAACUGGAACGGAAGUGGGCAAUGGGAAUCCCUUAUUUUUCGCUAUAUGUGUAUACUCGGACUUUGGCCCUAAUCACUUAUUUACUAACUUUUACUUACUGAAUUAUAUAUGUGUACUUAAAAGCCCCCUCCAUAACACCAAUUCCCCCUACCCUCCCUUCCCCUGACCCAUUUUACUAAUCGUAUUAGUUAAAUGUAUGUUUUGUAUAUUUGUUUGUUGCAAAUGCAUUUGAAACAUGAACAAACAUUUGCUACGACACACGUUCGUUUUUAUUUCAUUUAAUGCUUUUUUUUUGUACUUGUAUUGUAAUAUAUUUUUUAAACACAAUGUUCACAAAAAUUGUUAUUCAAUUUUAAAACUGAAAUGCUUUUUUUUUUGUAAUUAAUAUAAUUUUAAUUAAUGAUGAUAUUUGUUAAGCACUUCCUUAAUUUCAAAAAGCGAAUUGAAAUUGUAAAAUCAAAACCGAAUAUGAAGAGAAACACUUUAAUUUGUUAAAGAAAAACAAAACAAAACAAACAAAAAACAGAAAAAAACAAGAGAGAAACGAAGGUAAUAUCGAAAUUGAAAUCGAUAUUGUAAUUGUAAUCGAAAUCGAAUCGAGAUCGAAAAAUGCAACUCGUAAACAAAAUGUUAACAGAACAAAAACAAUCCGUUUGAUAGAAAGAGAGCGAGUUACCGUUGACGAGUCCAUGAACAACGUGUGAGCGAGAGAGAUAGAGGGAGAAAGUAAAGGAUAAGAGAGAAGAAUAGAAUAUGGACAGGAUUGAAAGCGAAUGUUGCAAUUACGUAAUCUAUUUACUUUAUAUAAAUAUAUACAUAAACUAUACAUCUAAAUAAAUAUACACAUAAAUUAUAUGCAGUAAUACAUAAUUAAUUUUUAACAACAACAACAAACAAACAGAAGAAGAAGACAAAUAUUAACAAGAAAACUAAAUAAGAAGAGAUAACAACAAAAUCAGUACGUCAUUGCCAAAUAAAACAAAGAAGUAAGAAAUACGAGUAUAAAACGAAAGCUAAACUCAAACCCAAAACAAAACAAGUUAAACUAAUAAGUAACAUGAUGAAUGAAAUGAUAAAUGAGAUAAUAAUAAUAAUAAUACAUUUUUCGCCAGCAAAAGCAAAAUAGCAUGAAGAAUAUAACAAAAGACAAAGCGUAGCCAAGUUUAAAAAGCAUUGUAUAAACAAAAAAAAAAACGAAAAUAAUACUAACAAUAAUAAUAAUAAUAUAAACAAUGAAAGAAUCUAGG